AUGGAGAGGACUCCGCCCGUUGAGCCGGAAGAUCAAACAGGAGAAGCAGACAUGGCUGCAGUUCAUCUUGCGCCAGCCGACGAUCUGGAGCAACGCCCUGCUGAGGACUCGAUGUCGGCGUGGUCGUCCCGCCACCGCCAGUGCAUGGAGAUCCUCGUGCGACAAGAAUGUCGUCGAGAGCGCUGUGAAGAGCAGCUCGAAGAACUGAAGGUAAAGCUGCGCGAGGAGACUCAGCGCAGGAUCGAAGCGGAGGCCAAAGUAACACGCCUCCUGGACAUAAUCCAUUCUAUCACUCGUGGGACGAGGGUGGAGCAGUUGGAUUUGGAGGUCGCCAGGCUCUCAGUCAGGAGCCAGGUCUUGAAGGAGAACGCAGAGAAGCACGAAGAGCAAAUGCGUGCGAUGGUAGAGGAGAAAAACGAGUUGAAGCGCCGUUACGACGAGCUCCUGACUGACAGCAAGCACUUGCAUGAGGAGAACACGAGCUUGAAACAGAAGUGUCAGGACCAGUUUAAGCAGCUGGAGAAGCUGCACCUGGAGCGCCUGACGGAGGGCCUUAAGGAAAUGCUCCGGCUCAAAGGAAUGGAAGAAGAGGAGUGGAUGCAGGAGACUGCAACCGGCUCCUCCCGAGCAGAGGAAGCGGCGGAGGAGAGCUCGGUGCUGUCGAGCGAAGAAGCAUCGAACGCCAAGGAUCAGGAAGGCUCUGACUCAGUGCCUAUGCCACUGAAUCAUCUUCCAGAGCCGGUUGAUCCAGCACUGCACAGAGGAGAAGAUCUCCAAGGGAAAACCACAGAGCAGCAUCGAAUGGAAGACGAGGAGUCGCUACAAGAGACUGCAGCCGGUUCUUCUCGCGAAGAGGCUGCCGAGCAGAGCUCGGUGCUGUCAAGUGAAGAAGAACCACACACCAUGGAUCAGGAAGAGCCUGACUCAGUGCCUACGCCACUGAAUCAUCUUCCGGAGUCGCUUGAUCCCAACCUGCACACAGGAGUGAACCUGCUGAGCAGCUCCUAUCUGCCUUUCGGACUGCGAGCUGGUUGGCUCCAAGGCAAAGCAGCCGCAAUCUGA